AUGUUCCAGCUGGACAGAUUACUGCAAAUGGAUUUUGGACCGGUGCAAGGGCGCCUUUCUGAUAUCUUGGAAAAAUCGUACAGGAAAACGGUGGAGGAGAAGAAAGAUGUAGUUGUGGAAAAGAACAAAAAUGCGAGUGCUGAACAGAACAAAGAUGCAGUGGGGAGUAGUGAUGCUAGUACCUUAAAGGCUACAAAGGGAAAAGCAUCGUCAUCUUCGUCUGAGAAACUUAAAAUGGAAAAAGCUGAACCGCCACAGGAAGCAGAGCCCGUAAUGGAAACAUUCAUCAUCGAAGAUGUUGUUGAAACUCUUCCUCCUCCUCUUUCCCGUCCUCCUCCUCCGAAACCUACUGGCCAAAAAGUGGAAGGUAAUAGCUGUUUUCGAGUUUAUUUAUCAGAGAGGGAUAAUGUUCUCUGCCUGUAG